AAUGUCAAGUAGAUGUCAAUGUCAAAUUGAAUUUUUGUUGCUUGUUGCUGAAAACGUCAAUACAAAUAUUGCAAAUAAAAGUUCAACUUUUUCAUAUGCUUGAUCAAAAUUUCAUUUACCAAAAUGGGUGAUGAAGAAGCCCCAAUUUUAUAUGUACUUGUGGUAGGUUUUCAUCACAAGAAAGGAUGUCAGGUGGAAUAUUCGUUUCCUGAGCUUGUCCCGGGGCACCCAAAUGAAUGUCCACCUGGAUGGAAAUAUUUGCCAACAUUAGCACUUCCUGAUGGAUCUCACAAUUUCAAUGAAGACACGGUAUUCUUUCAUCUACCAAGUUUAACUAAACCCAUUGAAACUGUAUAUGGGAUCUCCUGUUUUCGACAAAUACCUGUAGAGAAAAUAAAGAAUAAAACUUCAGAUAUUACAAGAGGUACUGUACAAAAGUCAGUGUGUGUUUUGAGUAGGAUACCAUUGUUUGGGCAAAUACAGGUUAAAAUGUGUCUUAUAACUCAUGCAUAUUUUGAAGAAGGGGAUUUCAGCAAAGUUUCGAUAUUAGAGGAAACUUAUCAUCAUCUGAAUUCUGUUAUGCUUCAAAGUGAUACUUUACAUCAAACAUUUGUGGGAUUGUCUGCACGAGAUUUUAUUUUACACUGGAAGCACAAGGCAAUAUUGUUAUUCAAAUUGCUACUUUUGGAAAAACGAGUUAUUUUUUACCAGUCCCCAGUACAUCCUCUCUGUUCCACCAUACUCACCUUGAUUUCUUUAUUUCCUGAAAUGAUUGAAAAAGGAUUGAGUCAAGCUGCUUGUAUCAGGUUGUCCAGACCUAUGUCUCCUAUGCCAGAAUAUUCAGACGAAGAUAUGAGCCCUAUUAGAACCAAAAGUUCCUUCAAUGGAUAUUCAACUUCCAGUGGCAUAGAUAAUACAAAUCUUGAUAAACUCGAGUUGCCUGACGAAGUUAGUAUUGAAAAUGAUAUACAAGUUAGCGAAAAGGUAGAAAAUAUAGAAGUUGAGGAAAUUCCUGAGAAACAAGAGAACGGAUUGUCUAAAUCAGAAGAAAACUCUGCCGAGGUUGGUCUUGAACUGACAGAAUCUAUAAAAGUUAGUAAUAAGGAUCCAACUUUAGAAAAUGGUGAAAAAAACAAUAGCCUUAAGAGGGAUUUGAGUUCUGAUACUAUGUCCGAUGUUGUCCAGAAUAAUAUGACUUACCUCACCCAAUUGAGCACUGAAACAUGUGGGUUUCCCCUGGCAAUUUUUACUCAAGGUUCCUUAUGCUUGCCUUACUUAUCAUUGCCAUACUUAGAUUUAUUAUCAGACGUAAAUGUUAGGAGUUAUGUGGUUGGAGCAACUAAUAUUCUCUUUAAACAGAAAAGGCAACUUUAUGAUAUAUUAGUUGAUAUUGAAAGUGGCAGAAUUGAGUGUCAAGAUUUGAAUUUGAGGAAGUAUUUACAUUUAAGUACAGAAGAUCUCAGGUUUGCCGAUUACAUAGUGAAACAUGUUUCAGAGGAACGUCAUGACAUAUUCCUAGAUGGGGUGGGUUGGGAAGGAGGAGACGAGUGGAUCAGGACACAGUUCCGUGUAUAUUUGUUAUGUCUUCUGAGAACUUCUAUGCUGCAAGAUGGGUCAAGAGAAAUAGAUCAUUUCAAUUGUAGUUUUGUGAGUACUUGGAGAGACAGUCACAAUUACAAAAUGUGGUUAAGUGGUAUUAAUCCAGGAAUUCUGGAGGUUCACCCUGGUCAUCCUUUUGCAGGACAGCUGUCUGUUUCAGAUAUGAAGUUACGCUUGGCACAUACAAUCCAGAAUACUGAAAGUGGCAGGAAAAUAAAUCAAGCCAUGGCAUCUACGGGAAAAGCUGUGGCAACCACUAGUAAAGCAGUUGGUGGCGCCUUGAACCAAGCUAAAGGAGCAUUCUCAAACUGGUGGAGUAAUUUCAUGGUUGGUCCAGAGCAAGGUCAAAAAAUACCUGACUCCCAGGCAGAAGAAAUUUGCAGUAAUGAUUCGACUGAUAGUUUAGUGAACAUUCCAAAAAGUAUUAGUAAGGAUAAACCCAAUGGAAAAAUUGAGAAUGCAUUAGUUUUAAAUAAAGAAAUAUGCAAGGUGAAUGGUGAGUUGCAUAUGGACAAUGAUCACCAACCAGGAACGGUACAUACUGUCUAGUUCUUGGACAAAAAUCUUGAUAAUCAAGAUUGUAGCAAUUUUUUUGGUGAUACACAGAUGAACAAAUGCUAGUAGUCAGACAAUAUGAAUGUUAUAAUUCAAUAUGAGUAUAUAACACGAAUGUAAUUGUGUUACGAUGAAGUUGGUGAUGAAUAUUAUUUGAUAAGAAAAAUAGAAUAUACCAACUUGUGGGUAUUUGUUAUCACUACUCAUUCUUGUCUUUUUUGUUUUAUUUUGACAUCCUAUUUAAUUUUAUAUUUUUAUUAUAUAUUUGUAAUUUUUUUAAACUUUCAGAUCAAAUUUUAUUUUUAUAUUGCUCAGUUAUAUUAAGGCCAAAUAAUAUUUAAAACAGAAAUGAUAUGGAAAAACCCAAUGAAGUAAAAAUAUGUAUACAAAUUGACGCAUAUGUAUCUAGUGCACUCACAAUCAACGGGUAAAUGUUGAUACACAUUUGUUAUCGAUAUAAUUUGUUUUUUAGUGGUCAAUAACUUGAACAUAACUUUUCCAAAACGUUGGUAGACUUCUAUAGUAGUACAUCUUGUAAUAGAUCCAAAUACAUUCAGGCAACUUGA